AUGUGUGUGUGUGUGUGGUUUGUGAUUGGGCCGAGGGGGAGCUGGUACAGAGUGGUAUUUGAAGCGGCUCUUCGGACAGGCCCGAAGGGAUGCGGUACCGAUGGUUCCCAUUUUUUCCAAUGCUUCCUACCCGCCGGGCCAGUCGGGCCUGUCAAAGUGCAUGUCCUCCUGGAGACAAUGCUUCUGAGACCCGCCGAGCCCCGGGUCGGGCUUCGUUGGCCUGUGGAAGCAGACUUGCAGUCACAUGUCUCUUCUUCGCUGGUCGUUGAGGCGCAAGCUGGACUCGGCACCCGACGAGCCCUGCCAAGGCGGGACGAGGGGGGUCAAAUGGUGUCGGAUUCUCAAGUUUACUCCGUUGCCCGCGACAUCAUUCGAUAA